UUAGUUCGAAUACUAAGGCUAAGCGAUUUGUUUUUCCUCCACCAGAAGAGUUCGAAAGAGUGGUUAAAAGAGCUCAAAGAAGCCACCGAAGAACUAAUAUUCUCUUACAUCCCAAUGCCUCGGCAGCUGAAAGGGUUAAAUAUAAUCUUUGUAAAAAUAUAGCUCGCUACGAAAGAGAAAAUAACCUCACGGAAAAAGAGUUAGCCAAAAAACUAGGAAUUACUCAUUCUCGAGUAGAAAAGAUUUUAUUUUGCCACAUUGAUGAACUUGACCUGGAAGAAUUACCUACUAAUUUAAGGGAAUAUAAGUGUGACUUAGUCAUUGAUAAUCAACACUUCACUGUAUUAGAAAUUAGUCCUUAUUACGAAAAACAUAACCACGAAUAUUUAGAAGCCUUAAAAAGAAAAGGUAUUAAAGUAUCCGCCAAAGAAUUAGCCAGCAAGUUAAUCACUGAUGAUUUAAUUAGAAAAGUAUUAGUUCCUCAAUUAGAUGGUGAAAUAGAAAUUACGGUAGAUGGUGUUUAUUACCAGUAUACUUACUAUUUUGCUGUACCUUACCAAGGAAAUAAAGCCUAUAAAUUAAUUUGA